AUGAGCUUGGACAAACAUAUAUUUGACAUUUGGAUACCAAAAACAGCACAUAUGAGCUUGGGCACACAUAAAUUUGACUUUCAAAAAGCAAAAACAGCACAUACACAAGCUUGCACAAAUAUAUAUUUUGCACGUACAUACCUGCGAAGAUGUAGCCUCCCUCUCAUAGUAGUUUGCGCAGCCGGAGGCAACGGCGAUUCCGGCACGCACGCCAGCGCCGGUGGGGUCAGGGAGACGUCGAGGCGGAGGUUUCUUUUUUACCCUAUACAACAACUCAGCGAUUGGGACAUUGCUGGAAUCAUUUGUCAGCUUCAUCGGCAGCCGUGUAGUAGCUGCUGCAUUGCCCUUCACAUUCCCCUUCUGCAUCCCCGAGACCGGCAACUUUCUCUUCAUAAUGGAGUCCAACGUCCUCUCUUUCUCCUUCUCCUUCCCACUCGCCUUCCCCUUUUGCUUGUCCAUUGUUUCGACAAUAGAAAGUACCUGCUCCGGCUCGUCACGCCGCGAAAACCAGGGGAGGCGCGUCCGUCUAUGUCCGGUGUGGUGAGCAACGGUCACGCCGCCCGUCGCCGUCGGUGCCGAGUUGGCGAGGAAGCGCGGCGUCGCUCGUCGCUGUCGAUCCAGAUUCGCGGGGUGGCGAGAGAGAGGUGA